AUGGCCGAAUUCUGUCUCUCCAGCCGUGCAUGCCCUCGUCUUUGUGAGAUUGGAAUAUUUAGCGAAGUAGCAGGAGCGGAGCGGCUGCAUAGAGUGUGGAUUGAUGCUCCAGUCGACACUCCAACAUCCGGUCGUCAGAGCGCAGAGUGGCCAGAUAUCGUCUUUUUGGAAGGAGUGUCGCAAAAAACGCUCGGACAGCUAACAGAAUAUUGGAUUUCUCAAAAAGCAUCCACAAACUCACGGACACACUACCCCCGGUCGCCUUUCGCACCUGAAAUAGCGGCAGGAACCCCACCAUCUGUUCCUUGGACAUUUCCGUGCCUGUGUGUCGGAUUCACAUCGUUUCUUUCUACCGCUCUUCUGCCGCCCCUAGAAGCGCGCUUGAGGUCAUUUGGUCCGGCUUCUUGUUCUCUACCGUCAGGUUUCUGCUGCAGCUGUCACCCGACGCCGCUGUCUUGCUUUGAGUACCGUUGA